UUGAAUUAUGAAACGUUAAAAUUUUAAGAUUUUGUUAAUAAAUUUAAAUAAGUGUAACAUUACUUUAUUAUUUUGAUUCAAGAAAGAGAUUGAUUAUAUAGAAACUGUAAAAAUGUUAAAGCUCGAUUAUAAAAGUAUGGCAUAACCGAAUUUAUUCAUAAAAAUUAUAAAUUCAUUGAAAUCGAAAAAAUGUUUAAUAUUUAAUAACAUAUCACUUUUCCCAACAAGUUUCGGGUAUAUCUCAUUACAAUUUAUUGGCUUUUUGUAUUCAGAUUACUCUAACUCUAGAUCGAUGAUAAAGAAUUGAUGACAUUGAAAGAAUUAAACAUCCAAGCACAAAUUUUUCUUCAAAUGCAUUUGCAAUUACAUUACAGUUAUUUGCUAUAUUUUUAUAUAUAGCUGUUAUAUAGGGUUGUUCAUUGUAGCCGUUGUAAGGAUUAAGAGGAAGAUUUAAAUAUUCUCUCAUUUGUGUGAAGAUUAAACUCGUUGAUCCGGUGCGAAGACGUUCUCGGUCAGGCGUUCAGCGCGCGUGUGACGCCUAUUUUAACGCGCGCCGGCGGAGAAUCGCGCGUUCCUAUAAAAAGCGGCGGCGAUUAUCGUCGUUUAGGCGAUAAGGAAUAUAACCCGGUACAGAGCCGUACUCACGUGGCGAUCGUGCCCGAUAAAACGCCACGGUCUCCGGUCACGGCGGAAAAUUACGAUUAUUAGUUAGAUUCAGAGCGGCAGGAUCUGCGCCGAGUCUCUCACACACCGAUCAUCAUCGGCCUGCGUCGUCGCGGCGGCCAGGAGGAGCGUAACGUCGCGACGACGAGGACCUCCACGGCGAACAUUAAAGGCAACCUGGCGAUGAAGCAGGAGCCGGAGGACGAGGAGGAUUGCUACCUCGACGACUCGAGCAUGCCACCCGCGUCGACGACGUCACCGCCGCCGACGGCGUUGCUGCCGCCGCCGCCACCGUCGUCGUCCUCGUCGUCGUCAUCCGGCCGCCACGGAAGCGUCACGCACCGGGUGCGCUCUCACGCGCGCAGUCUCCGCGCGAUGGCAAACCCGAGCGCAGUCUGGGCGCACUUCGAUCUCUGUACUAAUGAUCCGUUGCGCGCCCAGUGCCGCAUCUGCGGAGCGGUCGUCGUCAGAGGUGGCGCGAACCCGCGCCAGUGCGGCACGACCAAUCUGCACCGGCAUCUCAGGGUGCAUCACGGCGGCCGGCUGAUCGGCAGACGUUACCACGUCUUACAAUCGACGUCGCAAGGUAAUACGAGUACGAAAGCCAUAAGGAUCGCUACGCAGUCCUUGGUGAGACCUCAUAUUCGUAAUAUCGCCCCGGCGCCGAUGCCCCAGCAACAGCAAUCCCAACAGCAGCAGCAACAACGGCAACCAAAGACUCUCGUAUUAAAAACUAUUCCAUUGAAAGUGAAGCAAGUUGCACCUACGACUAUUAAGAUGCCAUCGCGACAAACUAAUCAAGCACCCCAUAAUAUCGUACAUCAGCAACCUACAGAGGUUUGCCUGAGGUGGAACAGUUACCAUAGUAAUAUGCAAAAUAGCUUCCCGUCGUUACUGGACACGGAACAGUUCGUCGAUGUGACCCUGGCGUGCGAGGGUCGCUCUCUCAAGUGUCACAAGAUGAUUUUAUCUUCCUGCAGCGACUACUUGGCAGAUUUGUUACGGGAGAAUCCGUGUCAACAUCCCAUUAUCCUAAUGAAGGAUCUGAAAUUCUGGGAGGUGGAGGCGUUGGUUAAAUUCAUGUAUCGCGGAGAGGUCAACGUCGCUCACGAUAAAUUGCCGCAACUAUUGAAUGCCGCCGAGGCAUUGCAGGUGAAGGGACUAGCCGGUCCGAGCCCUUCGUCCCAAAAUGCAAAGACACCGCUACUUAUACCUCAAACGAAGCCAUUGUCGUCUCAACACGUAGUUCCUAGAAGUACCACAGAGUCCAAAGAGAAUAAAGCGUCACCCUCGAGGGUGUCUAUGUCUUCUAGUCCUAAGCGUGCGCAAAAGCGACAACAGUCCGAACCCAUAGAGUCAAGACCUUUUACCAAAAUACGUCUGCAGCGGCCCAUCACGCCAACGUCACCGUGCGCCACCGUGAAGCUGGAACCUUUAGAUAUACCUCUCAGCCCGACGGAGAUAUUCUCGGAGAAUAACGAGGAUGUCACGCCUUCCUCAGACUUUGAAAAACUUAUGAGUUUACACGAGGAAGACGAUCCAGGUGGCGACGUUAACGACGGGGACGAGAGAUUACACUUUUGUGAACUGCCAGCCCCGCCGGAUUUAAAUGAUAACGAAGACCAAAUGGAAUUUGUACCUACUGAUUUCCUGGAACAGCAGCAAGAUAUUGUCGAAGAACCAGAAUCGAGUUGUAAAGAUAAAGAUAGUAAUAACAAAGAGUCUCUCGACUAUGCUUCCGCUGACGUUGAGGACAACGAAAUCGAGCAAAAUGAGAUACAGUCCUCGAGAGAAAAGAAAGUGACAUAGUAAGAUGUCAUAUAAUCUACAUAACGAUCGGAUUAUGCUAUAAGUCUCAAUGGGAACUAAUAUAAGAAAUACCUACGAUUUGUUUUCUUGAAACCUUGAAACGAAAAAAUGCAUUCUUAUGAUGACAUAUUGAAUGAAUUGGAACAACUCGCCGCAGGAAACGUGUGUGAAUCAAGUACCAAAACGAAAGAGAUUGUUAUUUUUAGAAUCUAUUGUGUUAAGGAUACUUGAGAAACUUUACCUUUAUAUUUAGUUAAUCGCAGUUAAUCAAGAGAUCUCUAAUGUCGAUUACUAUCUCACUAUGUAGAGUUUGGAGAACUUUGAGGAAGGUACAAUACGUUAGAGAUAUAUUUCCGCUAGUCGAGCGCCUCUUUUUUCGCCAUCGUGUAUAUUUAUUUAUCUUCUACGUGUAUUAACUUCGUAUAUAAUAUGAGCGUCUGAUAUAGAUUACGCAUUUAAAAAAAAAAACUAAUAUUAUGUAAUAUCCGCUGUUGUAACAAAACACGUAUUCGUUUAUCUUGUCUCAGCGGAUGGACUUUUAUGUUGUAAAAAAGAUCCAAAUUUUUAGAUACUGUAGAGUUGUGUUGUGUAACUUAUUUUGUCUGUCGAAGAUGACAGUAUGUCAUGUAUUGAUUCGGUUGCAAAAUUGUAAUUAUUUAUAUAUUGAAUAUGUGUCGAGUAAGCUAUCGAUCACCGGUGCGCGCGUUGGAGCACAGGUGUAAAUUGUAACGCGUGAUAAUACGUCUCACAAAUAAACGGCUAUUACAACACGCAGUUUCGAAUGUAUACCAGAAUUUCCAUUUUACGCGCAGAAAGGUCUCUUUCUCUCUCUCUCUGUAAAGAGAUACGAUUAUUACGAGAGGAAAAAUGUGUCUUCAUACACAGCGAGUGUAAGUUGAAAUGUAAGCUUUCCCUGUUCGUUGACGCGUCGAUAGAUGUGAAUGUGACAUCUUUGAUAAUCGACCUAGAAAAUAAAAUGCUGAAAAAAAUCUAGAAAAUC